UCAUGAUCCGGAAGUGGCUUCGGUAGCUAACUUAUUAGCAUGGAGCCAACAGUUUCAAAAUGACAGCAGAGCAAAAGCCCAGAUGUAUGCUUUUUAACAAGUUUCUGCAAGACUCACAUUCAUGCCGAAGGUAAGUCUGUUAGGAUCCCGGAAACGUGACGUCGGGAGAGCCAAGAGGUGAAGAAAGGACGGUCGGUGGUAAUGCGAACAAAUCACAGAGAGGACUAACUGAGUUCAAACCAGAGGGACGACUGAACCAUGGGUCAGAGAAGGAGAGUUGGAGCUACACAUACGCCCUCGUCUCAGAGGGAUUCUGGGGACGCUUCCAAGGUCCACAGCCGGAAGCACAACAUCUGCAUGGUGUCAGACUUUUUCUACCCAAACAUGGGAGGAGUUGAAAGUCACAUUUACCAGCUGUCCCAGUGCCUGAUUGAAAAGGGACACAAAGUUGUAAUCGCCACGCACGCCUAUGGCAGGAGGAAGGGUGUCAGGUACCUGACCAACGGACUGAAGGUCUACUACCUGCCCCUGCAGGUGAUGUACAACCAGUCCACAGCCACCACCUGCUUCCACAGUCUCCCGCUGCUGCGCUGUGUGUUUGUCAGGGAGCGCAUCACCGUGGUGCACGCACACAGCUCCUUCUCUGCCAUGGGCCACGAUGCACUGUUCCAUGCCAAGACGAUGGGCCUGAACACGGUGUUCACUGACCACUCUCUGUUCGGCUUUGCCGACGUCAGCUCUGUGUUGACCAACAAGCUUUUGACGGUGUCACUGUGCGACACCAACCACAUCGUGUGCGUCUCUUACACCAGUAAGGAGAACACGGUUCUGCGGGCCACGCUCAACCCAGAGAUCGUGUCCGUUAUUCCCAACGCCGUCGACCCCACAGAUUUCGUUCCGGACCCUUCACAGCGUCCGCCCGACCGGAUCACGAUCGUUGUCAUCAGCCGUCUUGUCUACCGCAAAGGAAUCGACCUGCUCGGUGGAAUAAUCCCGGAGCUUUGCCUCAAACAUCCCGAUCUACAUUUCCUAAUCGGCGGUGAGGGGCCAAAGAGACUUGUGCUGGAGGAAGUGAGAGAAAAAUACCAACUUCAUGACAGGGUGCGUCUGCUCGGCGCUCUGGAACAUAAAGACGUGCGCAGCGUCUUGGUUCAGGGUCACAUCUUCCUCAACACGUCGCUCACCGAGGCCUUCUGUAUGGCCAUCGUAGAGGGAGCCAGCUGUGGACUGCAGGUGGUGAGCACCCGUGUGGGUGGAAUUCCCGAGGUGUUGCCCGAGGAUCUGAUCACGCUAUGUGAACCAACCGUGCGCUCCCUCUGCGGCGGUUUAGAGAAGGUAAUUGCAAAGCAGAGGUCUGGCGCCGUGCCCUCACCCGCCUCCAUCCAUGCCCGUGUGAAGAACCUCUACACCUGGAGAAACGUGGCGGAGCGGACGGAAAAGGUGUACGACAGAGCCGCUGGAGAAGAGGUGCUUCCGCUGGAGAAGAGGUUGCGGAGACUCCGGUCUCACUGCGGCCCCGUGGCCGGCUCCAUCUUCGCCUUCGUGGCGGUGCUGGACUUCCUCUUCCUGCUGCUCCUGCAGUGGUUGGUGCCGGACCGGCACAUGGACUUGGCUGUGGACGCCACGGGCCCCGACGGACAGUGGAGACAGAAAAAGGCAGAGAAGUGACGUCGGCUGCUGAUGUGUCAUGAUGCAGGCGGAGGAAAGAAAAACAGGAAAUUGCCUCACCCUCAGCUCCUGUGACAGUUGUAGGAGCGCAGUCAACUUUGUUAUGAUCUCUACUUAAGGCUCGAUAAGCUCAGGAGAAUGUGUUUACAGUUUAUUGACAAAAGGGACUGUGUUUUAUCUGGAGAAGGUUUUUGCACAUUUUAAUCAUUUAUACACUCACACAGCACUGUGCAUAAAUGGAGUUACCCUCAUUGCUUUAUACUUAACUUCUUAGGAGGCAGACCAUCUUGUUGUAUUUUUACUUGGUAUCGGGUUUUAGUCCUCCAGACAUUUUCAGUGGAAUAUUUCUAUAGUGUCCUCACCACAGCUCGGCAGAUUAUUUCUUAUCCUUAUUUUCUGUCCUCCAUAUGAUUAAAGUCACUCAUUUUUAACAUAUUCUGUCUGAUAUCAUGGUCAAGAAUAAGUACUGGACUUAAAACACGCACACACAAAAAAAAGCAGAGAAAAAUCCAAAGGAGGUUGUUGACGGAUCUUCAGAAAGCCUUGAGAACUACUGACCAAGACAAAGACACUGAGAUUGUGCCCCCCCCCCCAAGGAAGCAAAGUAUAAAGAACUCAAGCUUUUAAACGUUUGCACAGCGUCACUCUUUGCACACAGACAAGUGGAGUGGAAAGAGUAUUUAAAUAUGCAAAGAACAGCCAAAAAGCUGCAGUAUCUUCUCUUCUGUUACUGAUGGACCUUGAGCUACGACUUUUAAAAUGUACUUUCUGUAAAGAGCUGUAUAUCAUGGGGAGUUUUUCCAUGUGAUUGUUUGACUUAGUAACAAGUCGGUCGGGAAAAUAAAAGUACUUUUAAACUUAAAAA